GUGGGCCUUUCGUUGUGGUGACAGAAGUUUACAGUUGCUUAGAAGAAUCGUAUCUGACUAUGAGAAGAACCAGACUCCACUCACUCACGGUGCGUGUUUGUGCACCUCUCACCCUCAAACAAGAUUGGCGCUCUGAUAACUUUACACGGAUUAACUACAACUUCAGUUUUUAUUACAUUUCAUCUGAAUAUAAGAGCUGGAAUAACAGCAGACGAGACUGUGAACAGAGAGGAGCAAAUCUGGUGACUAUAAACAACAAAGAGGAACAAGAGUUUUUGCAGAAGGCUACAUCUGGUCAUUAUUAUUAUUGGAUUGGUUUGAGUAAAGAGGGAGAGGUGUGGAAAUGGGUUGAUGGCACCACAUUGACAUUUAGACAACUCACAAAGCCGCCCACGACAACUCACAAAGAUGCCAGCGAUGACAACUCACAAAGACGCCAACAACGACAACUCACAAAGACGCCAACAACGACAACUCACAAGGACACCAACGACGACAACUCACAAGCCGCCCACGAAGACAACUCACAAAGCCGUCCACGACGACAACUCACAAAGACGCCAAAGACGACAACUCACAAAGACGCCAACGAUGACAACUCACAAAGACGCCAAUGA